UUCACCCAUCACCUUGUGUUUCUUCCCCUCACCACCCCCUCCCAUCUUCCUGCAAACGUUCUUAUUCUGGCUUCUUCCUCCUUCCUCUCCAGGCCUGGUGAGGGGCUUCGGCCUGCAGCGUUGACUGUUCAUUUCCCUCCAUAGACGCUGCCUGACCUGCUGAGUUCCUCCAGCAUUUUGCAUGUAUUACUUUUGUUAAUUUAACGUUCGUUUUAUUUCUUCAUUAAUUCACAUCUUCCAAGUAAACCAUUUAUGAAAACAUGGCAAUUAAUGCAUGUUUUAUCGGGGUUGGGCCACCAUGGUAUGCGGGGAGCAUAUUUGGUAUUUUGCAUCACUUGAAUGUUGUUGAACCUGAUUUUUUUUUAUGUGGAAAAAAUUUUUGUUUUCUUUUAUCUGUAAUAAUCAUCUAGCAUGAUCUGGUACAACUGUUUUGGGCAGUUAAACCAGAGUGUAUCAUUAUUGCUGUUGUAAUUAUAGUAACCUGGUUUUAAAAAUUUCUCUGAACACUUGUUACAGUUCACCAUAGCAUAAUGGUUAGCACAACACCUUACAGUACCAGAGACCCGAGUUCAAUUCCCGCUACUGCCUGUAAGAGGUUUGUACAUUCACCUGUGACCGUCUGGGUUCCCUCUGGGUGCUCCCACAAUCCGAAGACAUACUGGUUGGUAGGUUAAUUGGUCAUUUAAAAUCUCCUGUGAUUAGGCUCGGGUUAAAUUGGGGGUUGCUGGGCGGCAUGGCACAAAGGGCCAGAAGGGCCUAUUCCGCACACUCUCUCAAUAAAUUUUGAGCAGACAGUGCUGACUAAUUGAAAUGUUAACUAAUUACAACAUUAUUAGGUGCACUGGUUGAAACUGCCUUGCAUGAACCAGCAUUGUGACAAAGUGCAUCAUCUACAUGUGCAUUGAGCCACCAGCUUGGAGAGCACUCAGCACACCCUCGAUAACCAGCUCUCGCUUUCACUGAAGUAUUUGUUUUAAACUAGAGGUAGUGCAAUCGCUCGUCGAGUAUGGUUUUCUGAAGGGUUAUCCCCUUGAGGGAGAAUGCCAGUGCGUGACUUCAUUUAGCGCGGGGAGGCUGAUGCAUGGGCAGCCACCACGCGGUCCUUCACAGACCGGGUCAGGGUCCAGUGGCACAGAGUGCAAGAUGACCUGGGUCGCUUCACCGCAGCCUUCCUCCACCUUCGCUGCCAUUGUGAAGUGUCCGCCAUCUUCUGCCAGCUCCACCGUUGAGGUCUUGGUCAGAUCAGAAUCAAUCUUUGUCCUUACCACCGUGGCUGACCUGGCCAGAAGCUCAGCAUCAAACGGUGUCGCUCUCGGGAUCUCAGGAACUCGCCAGCCUCUCCGCCGUGACAAGCUGUCCCAGUGAGAUUGGGAUGAUGGCUGAGAAACCGAAAAAGAACAGAAAGAAGUCGCAAGUGCUGACACCCACCUCCAGCUUGGAAAAUGAUUCCCCGACGCUUGAGGCCCAGCAAAAAGACAAAUUACAUCAACUGACGAGGUUAUCGGCCAUUGACAUUUCCGACGUAAAAAAUGAAGAGGAGUCAUACACCAGACGAAAGCUAAGCUUCUCUACUUCUAUUAGCAAGUCCAAUGCCACAUUGCACAAACAGUUUAAAGACCUUCCUGAAACUGAGAAUGUGAUUGACAGCUUUAAAUGUGCCUUGUAUAAGGAAGUUCCAUACCAUGGCAAGAUGUAUGUGACAGACAAUUAUAUUUGUUUCUAUAGCAGCAUUCUAAAGGAAAUCAAGCUUGUUGUUCCAGUCACCGAUGUGGUUGUGUUGAAGAAGCAGAACAUAGCCUUCGUUGUUCCCAGUGCCCUAUGUAUCAAAACGUCAGAAGGAGAGAAGCAUUUGUUUGGAUCACUGAGAUCAAGGGACUUGACUUUUAAAGUUCUGAAGUCAGUUUGCCCACAUCUGGAGACUGCAAGUCCCUCAAUUAGUCCUCAAGCUUCAAUACCUGAAAACAGUUAUGAUGCGGAAACUAAAAUUUUACAGGAACUGAAUCAAUCUAGCCUCGAAGACGAUAGCCAAGAACUGGACACUGUUGACUGCAUUCAGGAUUCAGAACAACCAGUGUCCACUGCAAGCAACUCCUGGUUUACCAGAGUGACAAAGAAAAUGAAAUCCUUUGCUGCUUUUCAAGGAUUGACUGCUUUUAAUACACUCAUCAUCAUCUACAUCCUACUGGUGCUACUGUUGCUGAUUUCCUCAGGGUACAUUGGCCUCAGAAUUGUAGCCCUUGAGGAGCAGCUGAUGUCCAUGGGAGCCUGGCCAGAAAUUCAUACACAAAGCAGGUACAAAAGAACAUGAAGUUGGACCAAGCCUCAUAAGGAUGAGGAUUUGUAUUCUUGCCCUUCAACUACAUGACCAGUGGACUUUAUAACUUUUUUUAAAAUGGAGCUCUACUUACUAUAUACAGCCAUUUGUAAGAAUAGUCUACUAUUUUUAAGGCAAGUCACACUGGAUGGUUCAAGGAAAAUGAGUGCAUUUCAGGUCUGCUUGAGGUGAUCUGAGACGAUGUCUGAGGCUACGUGACCAAUUUCUGAAGUGCACCAGCAAAAAACGUCAUGGGGAAUCCUUGAACUUUUGAGGAGGGAGAUCUUGAAAGUUUCCCACUGUGAAAAAUGUUUACAUGGACAAGGAAACCUCAACUAUGCAAAGUUAGUGCUGCUGGGGAUUUGAUCUCAGUGCUGUAGAAGAUAGAAGUUAAGCUGUAUAUUUGAAUUUAGAUAUGUUCAUUGUGACGAUGAAAAUAAAUGACUGCAGAAUAGUCCUGGUUAAUUUGUUCGCUGCAGUGGGAAUUGCAAGUGUAGUUUAAUUCAAUUCUGAAGUGACUGUCAUAUAUGCAAUACUCAAUCUGAAACUAGAAUGAAAGAAAUGUUAAACCACUGAACAACAGAAGCAAAUGUAUGCAACCAAAUUACAAAGAAGAAACUAAAUUUUCCUCAACAUUCACUGCUCAUCAAGUUUAUAUACAUUGUACAAAUUUGUUCAAUACAUUAGAUUUCAGAAAGAAACAAAUUUGGGUUUUAAACUUUUUAAAUUUAAAAUUGUUUUUAAAAUCCUCAACUUGUUCUGUCCUUUAAAUUUACAGAUGAUAUCCAAAUUUCUCUCCUAAAACCUUGCAACCAUGGAAUCCUUAAGUUAUUAAAAAUCUAUUAAACUAAACCUUCAUACUCAUUUUUAGUUAUCAGGGUUAGAGGCCUCUAAAUAUUUAUCAAUUGGUGAAGAAAUUCCAGCUCAUCUUGCUGCUUUGCGUACAGUAUUCUAUUAUGCCCUAUGAUCUAUAUUACAUUAUAUUACUAUUUACAUAACAUCCUCACGGGGAACUUGAUGGCUUACUGCAGCUUCUGAAAUUUAGAAAUGCAGUCUAAGGAAAUGUACGGAACUAUGCAAUGGGUUUAAUCCAAAGAGAAAGGCCUCCUGGCAUCUUUACGAUGACUUGCACUCCAUUAACAACUUACAUAAUUUGUCAUCUGCCACACAGAAUGCUUAUUACAAAUUGCCUGCAUUUCAAGUUUCACUGUUAGCAAAAAAUGGAGCCACGCUUUGUGGUAUUUAGUAAUUAAGAGCGAUUAGAAUGAAGCAAGAAGUAAAUUCACAUAACUAUAAAGUAGGAAAUGUUGGCAUGCUCUUUUUAGGUCCUCGCAAGGACAAAUGAAGCAAGAACAAUAAAUACUAAAGUCAAUUUUUCAUUGGGUUGUAGCAUAAACUUCAUUGUGUUUGGGGGGGGGGGGAAAUAUGAUGCAAGCUAACUUGUGAUGUAGUCAAGUUUAUAAAUAUAAACUCCAACAGAAAUUUCCCUAAAAAAAAAUCUUGAUCACAAUACUUAAUCUCACCAGGUCUAACAACCUAAUAUUGCCACAGUACCUUACUCAUAAUUUUUCCCUCAGUCCAGUGAUAAAUCUUGAUUUUAACCAGUGAUUAGAAAGGAGAGCUUGAGGUCAAGACUGAAAACAAUACAAAUAAAUUCUUUAUUCAGAAAUGAUGAGCAUAAUAUCCCCCUUCCAGUACCAAGAUAGUUCUGAAGGGCAUGCACUUUUUUUUUGAAAAUGAAGGUAAUAUGAAGAAUAAAUGUAUUUAUUUCACUAACUAAAGCAUUGCCUCAACACUCUUAAUCCAAACAUAAGCCCAUUUUAUCCAGCCAUUCCAAUUCUACUGCUGGUCCUUAAUGCCCAGAGGGGCAAGAAACACUAAAAAAGUUCAUGUUUCGAGCCAAGACUCGUGGUCCCUUUCACAAAUGCUGCCUGACUUGCCGGGUUCUGCAGCAUUUUGCUUGUGAUGCUCAAGAUUUCUAGCAUCUACAGAACCUCUCGCAUUUUAAAAUGGAACUUAAGUAGGAUAAAUCUAAUUAAUUUGAUCAUGCUUUAGCACAAUGAUAUCUAAACCUAGUACUCUACAAAAUUCUAACAGUUUGUGAUACUCCAGUGAUGGGCUGUGGGUCAUCUGCCUUUGGCUGGUCUGGAGUGCUGGGUCAGCUAAGGGUGGCAAGUUUGCUUGUGGGUGAGGAGAGCAGGGGAAGAAACCCUCUUCGCAGUAGCCACCAAAAAGAGCUGGGAAAGCACCUACUUCAGCAUCUUGACAGUCAACAAUGCCUUUGGAAAUCAGUAAACAGCACAAACAUUGCUUCUGUUAUGUUUUAUUCCAAUUUUACAGUAUUUUCAAAUGUUAAUGCAAUCAAUAAUGGGGCUCUGUUUGAUUUAAGAGUUUAUAGUGUAAGUUUAUAAAGGAUGCAGCAAUUUUAUUGAAACUGCACUAAUUUAUGUUCCAUUUCUGUGAAAUGGUAUUUUCUUGGUGAAAUUAUCAACAAUAAAAACAAUUGUGCAC